AAGCUUUACUGACACAACUUGAGGUACAUAAUGAGAGUGCAGAAUGGCAAAGAAAUUUCAGCUUUCAGCUUCAUCUCCACAUUGUGCUCUCCCUUCCCAUUUCCCCCAAAAAAUGUUCAAUCUUUCUUGCUUCUUCCUCCUCUUCCUUCUCCAUUUUGCUGCUGUCAAUGUGGUUUUUGCAGGUGAUGAAGCAGUGGGUCUGCAGGCUUUUUCUGGGGUUCCAGUUUUUUUGUGUGGGGAAGAGAGGGUGGGGUUGGUGUUGCCAUCCAUGAAGAACAUUCACUAUUCUCUUACUAGGUGGGGUUUGGGAGGGGAAAUCAAAGUCUCAACUUCUUUCUCCCCAAGCUGUUUGCAGUACCAGAGCUAUGCAGAGACAUAUGUUAAGCCUGUUGUUGAGUUUUUCAGGGAGAUAGAUGCGCCUUAUUUGGUCACCCCUUCUUCUGAUUUGUCCAUUUCAGAGUUUAUCAAGAAUCUUGGAGGUUUUAGCCUGAAGAAGAUCCAUUUAAUGGCAGAGAAUGAGAGGCAGGAAAGAGCAAAACCCAGAAGCAGAAGCAGAAGGCUUUCCUUGUUUGAUUCUUUAUUUGCAGAUUCAGUUCCGGCUAGGCCAUGGCUAAUAGCUCCGGCUCAACCCCCCACCGGUUCAUCUUCGCCGGCGUUUGCUGCAAAAAGCCCUCUCCCUCCACUUAUAGGGAGUUUUCCGCCGCCCCCAUUGUCUCUUCCAGCUCCCAUGUUCAACCCUGCAACUCCGCCGUACGGGCCGCACUUGCCGCCGUGUAAGCCGUCCGGGGGCGAAGUCUCUGUGCCGCCGGCGCCUGCGCACGGUGGGCUGUGGUGCGUGGCGAAGCCCAACGUGCCGCCGGAGACUCUGAAGGAGGCUCUGGACUACGCCUGUGGAGAAGGCGGCGCGGACUGCCAAGCCAUUAGUCCUCACGGCAGCUGCUAUUUCCCCGACACCAUUGUCGCCCAUGCUUCCUACGCUUUCAACAGCUACUGGCAGAGAUCCAAGAAAAUUGGCGGCACCUGUGGCUUUGAAGGCACUGCUAUGCUCAUCAACUCUGACCCAAGUUAUCGCCAUUGUCGAUUCAUUCUUGCAUAGUGAAGGGAAUCUGACAUUUUGGUGUGGAACUGAGGAUUUGAUAAUUGAGAUCGUCCGGCGGGGAAAAGGUGUAUGAUUGCCCCACUGUGUGGCAUCCUAGUAUCGUAGUUGUUAAUAAGUAGGACACCUGGGAAUUCUAUCAUAUGUAUGAAUGAUGAUUCAAUUAUAAUCCUAUGAUUUUGGUAAU